AAUGACAUAUCAACAAUGACUUUGAUUUGAAUUUAAUAAACUAAAUUUUUCAAACAUACAAAAAGUAAAGUUAACUGUGAGAAUGUAUUUUGGGUUGCUUCUAAAAAUCGGUCAGGGUCUUUAUUGUAAGUGACUCAGCAUGUAGCCAUUACAUUAAAUGAAGCAGAUGUUUUUAUUUAUUUUAUGUGAGUUAAAUGCUUAAUUUAAUACAAAAAUUGGAUAAACAAACACUCAUUAAGCUUUAUUUUAUUUUCAAUUUUAGUUGUCAAUUUGUUUCCAAAUGUUAGGCAACCAGUAAAAUAGUCACGAGUUGCCACUGUCAAUUUUUUUGACAUUUUUGUUAUAUGAGAAUAAAAAACUGUAAUUGCAUAAAAGUAGUUCAAUUAUAAAUCGUAUUUUAAGUUUCCAAAUACACAUUUUGCGAUUUUUUUUUGUAAGAAUAGACAACCAGUAAAACACAAGUCGCCAUUGUGAAUUUUUGACAUUGUUAUGUGGGGUUAGAAAACCCAACACCGCUUAUAAUUAAAGCAAAUCAUUAAUUAAAAAAUGGUUUAAUUGUAAUCCUGUGUUGUGCAAGCCAAAAAAUGAUUUUUUUCAAGCCAUCUUGGGUGACUCACGAAGGGAGUAAGCCCAUUUUCUCGGUGGAUAUCCACCCCAAAGGUGGGCGUUUUGCCACCGGAGGGCAAGGGGGCUCCGGCGGUCGCAUCGUAAUCUGGAACAUCGCCCCCGUGUUGUCCGAAAAUGACGAAACUAGCGCAAAAAUUCCAAAAAUGUUGUGUCAAAUGGACAACCAUUUGGCAUGUGUGAAUGUGGUAAGGUGGAGUAAUGAGGGCCAUUUAUUGGCCUCUGGGGGCGACGAUAAGCUUGUGAUGAUUUGGAGGCUUACAAGUGAGGGGAGUUCUUCUAUUUUUGGUAGCGGGAAAGUCAAUGUGGAGACGUGGAAGUGUGUCCAUACUCUCAACUCGCAUAAUGGGGAUGUUUUGGACUUGGCUUGGGCCCCACAUGACGGCUGGUUGGCCUCAGGAAGUGUGGAUAACACUGUUAUAAUCUGGAAUGCUCACAAAUUCCCUGAAAAAGUUGCUGUUUUGAAAGGACACACAGGCAUGGUUAAGGGAGUCACUUGGGACCCUGUGGGCAAAUAUAUAGCCAGCCAAUCGGAUGAUAAGUCUUUGAGAAUUUGGAGAACUUGCGAUUGGGUUCAACAGGAAGUGGUCAAAGACCCAUUUGUCGAUUGUUCAGCAACCACACAUGUUUUAAGAUUAUCGUGGUCCCCUGAUGGGCAAUAUCUUGUCUCUUCACAUGCCAUGAAUGGAGGGGGGCCCACUGCCCAAAUCAUCGAAAGAGAAGGCUGGAGACAAGAUAAGGAUUUUGUGGGGCACAGAAAAGCAGUCACUUGUGUUAGGUUCAAUUCGAACAUCUUGAAAAAAAUCUCCCCCGGGAGCCCCAAAAGCCAGCAGUACUGUUGCUGUGCGAUUGGUUCCCGAGACAGGUCAAUAAGUGUGUGGUUGACAUCACUAAAACGGCCUUUGGUUGUAAUCAAAGACCUUUUCGAUGACAGUGUUUUGGAUAUUUCAUGGAGUAGCAACGGUUUAUACCUUUUUGCGUGUUCUUGGGACGGUAGUGUGGCAUGUGUUAUAUUUGAUCAACGCGAAAUCGGAAUCCCUUUAUCAAUCAAAGAAAAAAAUGAUCUCUAUGAACGUAUUUAUCACAAGUCGUUGCAAAAAAGUUGGAAUUUAAGCUUCAGUGGGACUCAAAUAGUGGAAAAUCCUGAGCUUUUAACUGCCAUUGAUAAAAUAAACGAAACUAGUAAUAGUAUUAGUCUCGAAUUACCGAAACCUGAGUCAAGAGAUGUCUCAUUUGAGUCACCAAAACCAAACACCACGAUUUUGGUACCGGCCAAUAAGCAAGUUGAAACGAGACUUCCUUCCGGUAAAAGACGCAUAACACCAAUGUUAUUAACAACUGUACAAACAAGCACCCCAGAAGUGUCAAAUAGUCUUCCAAAGACAAAUUUAGAAGUACCACCACCAAAAGAAAGCACAUCUUUUAGUAGUUCUUCGCCGACGAAGAGUAAAAUCGUUGUUGAAACGGUUGUUGAUCAAGUCAAACAACCCACUUUUUCUGGGUCUUCAAUAAAAAGCACAAUAGUGAACGAUUCAAAUAAAUUGAUAAGUGCGCCUCCAGGGACUCAGAUUAAUCAAUUGACUUGUUGCGAAGUGCCAGGAGAUCAGCCUAUUGUCCAGUUUAUUAAUAUUUUAGAUCCUCUGAAACUGCCCUCAGGGGCAGCAGUUACAAAACAGUGCGGGACUAUGAAAAUACAGAUAACUAAUAACUGCCACAAGACCUCAAAAGGGUCUUUAUCGAGCAUUGAAGCGUACAAAAAUGUCGACGAUAAAGAACCAAACUGGGAUACGUACAUUGGUUCAACCAUUCGAUGCUUGGCAGCCAACAGAAAAUUCGUUGUAGUGUGUUGUGAAGACCUUAGUAUUAAUUGUUACGACAUCAAGUCUGGAGCACGUCCAUUACCUCCAAUAAUCAUCGAAGAUGUGGUUUCCUCAAUUAGUCUAUCACAAGAUAGUCACUGUCUAGUUUUAACAAAAACUGGUCUUUUGUAUAUGUGGAGUUUUGAUUCUUGUAAGAGCAUUUUGAGUAGGAUAUCAAUCAGAAGUUUGCUCAAUAAUAAAGGUGUUGUCAGUAGUUGUGGUUUGAGUGCUUCCAAUUCACCAGUAAUUACACUGACUGAUGGCCGGGCUUAUUCCUACGUUAGUGAUCUCCAAACUUGGGUGCAGUUGUCGAAUCCUCUUGACCCCCUGAGUCGAGUUGGGGGAAGUCUGACACGGAGAGUGUCCCCAAAUCUACCCCUUGCCUCCCUCCAACGAGUGAUGCCGUUUCAUGGCCCCCACGACACUCUACCUUCGGGUGUAACAUUGAGUUUCUUAGAGAAUCAAAUAACUGCAAGCUCUAUUAUUAAUUCUUCAGACGAAUACAGACAUUGGUUGAUUGCAACUGUGAAUUAUUUGCUUGAUAAAGGACCCGAGUGCAGACUUAGGGUAAUUUUAGAUGAGUUAUUGGGGCCCACAUACUCGCCCUCAGCGGCGAAAAAGUCAAAAAACAGUGAAGGGAUUUUGGGGAAACCCAGACACGCAUUUCUUCAAGAAGUUUUGGAAAUAAUCAAGACUAAACUACCGUGGCAAAGAUUAUAUAAGGAGUAUAAGGAGCAACUAGAUGAAAUACUUCAACCCUAAACAAUGUAAUAACGAUUUUUUACAUUUUAUAAAAUAAAGUAUAACUAUUUGU